AUGCCAGAACAAACCCCCCCACCCCGGGAAUCAGCUCGAACUGUCCUCCUAUUCCUCCUCAUUUUUAUGUGGCUCACCUCCGACUCCCAAGGCCCCAAUCCUGGAUACCGUUCAGCCCGUCAAUUCGCGACGGAGCGACUGGAGCGCUCACGCCAUUCUCUCGACGUUUUAAACGUUACCAGGUGGCAAGACUUCUCGCCCAGGACCACCAGUACCCCAGGCUACCAGCCAGGGACAUAUUUGAACUUGACCGGCUUUAGGAAGAGCGAUGGCUAUGCGUGGGAUCGACUAGAUACGUUUAAGGAGCGCAGCGAGCUCUUCAGUCGGGAGGCAAAAGGCAGGUGGAGAGCCGACAAGGACAAAGAUGACCAGGACGGAAACAGUGGGCUGGUGGGCGAGAUAUAUAAAAACGUCACAGGAAUAGUGGUGGGCGAUUGGGUGAGAUACUCCGGGGACUUGGAGAAGGACCAGAGGAGGCCAUUGUUGAAUUUGUCGGAGAUCGCACCAGGUGUUCCGUGGGCAUUUAGGAAUGAAGAAUUUUGGACGAGAAAUAUUACGGGAAGGGAAGGGAAACUCAUGUUGAGGUUAUACGAGAAAGAUGUACUUGAAAUCGAUUUGGAUACGGAGCUGCAGACUGACGUGGUGCGGAAUAUAUCGAAUACUGGAUUGGCUCGAGAGGUUUCGGCUGCCAUGACGGUCCAGGAUGAGACGAGUACUGGUGAUGGAUGGGAGAUGAAAAUCCACGGCGUGCAUUGGCCGAGAACCGGUGUAAUGCUUAUGACGACGACAAGUCCCAAAUUUUCUGGAGCUUUUGGGUUACCCCAUCUGAGUACGAGUUUGGGAGAGUACGCCUCAAGUCAGAAGUUGUUGAAUAUAACUUUGGGAAAGUUGGUGCGAAACAUGGAGAGGCGGCGCCGCAAUGAUCCGACUGAUCUAUAUGCAUCAACUCCCGAUGGUGAAGGCGAAGGAAUGGUGCCUGCUCCGCAUUGCGAGUUCGUGAUCUAUGUUCAAAUCCAUCCCCUCGUGGUGAACUUAGCUACCAGCAGCGGUUAUUUUCAACAGCAGAGCAUCAUCGAGGAGAUUGAGCAAGAGCUCCGAUUUCCGAACGGCGCCCCAAUUCCACCGAUCCCAAGACUCCAGAUGUCUACAGUUAUAUUUUCACCUGACUGUGGAUUUAUUUUAGAAUCGAAAGGGCCACCUUCGUUUUCUCCUGUGGUUGCGGAGCACCUUCUUGGUAAGAAGCAAGAGGUAUGGCUCCAUGAUAUUCAAAGCUGGCUACUCCUGCUUGCUGUUGUAAUAUUCGGCCAGGUACUCCUUUUGAAGAUCCAGUCAAAAGAGGCAUCGACGCCAUCCACCACCGGCCGAGUCAGCCUUUACACCAUAGGUAUAAUGCUAUUGGCCGAUGCCUUGAUGUUCUUAAGCUUAUCAUUGCUGAGUUCCAUAGCUCCAAACCUGUUUCCUUCAGCGCUUCUAGUUUCCUUUUCUGCACUCAUGUCGUUGGGAUUGGGUGUUAGGUUCGUUGGAGCGGUUUAUAAUGUCCAAGAACCAGAGCGCAGAGAUCAAUUGCGGACUCAACAGGCUGCUGAAGCUGCCAGGGUUCCAACUAGACCCAGCGCCACCGCAGGUGCAGCAGCGAUCAGCAGAGCGGCCGGUGCUAGUUCCCCUACGCCUCCCCUGCGGGUAUCAAAUCCAGCCCCGUCUAACAAUAUCCCAAUCAUCAUCCCCUCGGAUCAAGAUAUCGAUGCGGAAAUAUCUGAAAAUAUCAAUACCACUACUGCGACAUCUCUUCCAACAACCAACACCCCCCAAACCGUGGAAGUUGGACCUCAAGAUACCCCUGGCUUUGGGGCGGUUUAUGUGAAAUUCGUCCUAGCAAUACUUUUCCUCCUCUUCAUCUCAGUCUCUGCAAUGUCCUGGUCCGUCCCUGUUCGGACCGCCUAUAUCUAUCUCCUUUCCAGCACUUAUCUCUCCUUCUGGAUCCCCCAAAUCCGGCGCAACAUAAUUCGGAACUGCCGCAAAGCCCUACUAUGGAAAUUCGUCGUAGGCCAGUCAGUUCUCCGCCUACUACCUUUCGCAUAUUUUUUUCUGAAAAGGGAUAACAUCCUUUUCGCCGAAACGGACUGGAAAGCAUUCUGCGUGCUAGCAGGGUGGGUCUGGAUCCAAAUAUGGAUUCUCGCCGCGCAAGAAGUUCUCGGUCCCCGAUGGGGUAUCCCGAAGGGUUGGACGGAAGAAGCGUGGGAUUACCAUCCCAUUCUACGAGAGGACAAUAUGGAGGCUGGCGGCUUGCCUAUCGGCCUUGCACAAGUUCCUGUUUCGACCGUACUAGAGAGAAGCAACACUGAUACGAGUGAAGAUUUGGGAAGUCGGAAGAAGAAAGAUGAUACGUUUAGGAGUGUGGAUUGUGCGAUCUGUAUGCAAACCAUUGAAGUACCCGUGGUAGUAGCGGGCGAAGAUGCCUCGAGUGCAAACAGUGUGGUACGGUUUCCUGAAGGUAAUGCUACUGGAGAAGAUCCUUCCUUACUUCACCUUUCCAAAACAAACCCCACCGACGACAAGCCUCCUUUGAAGAGGGCUGCCGAUUUGGAAUAUCAGACGGAAGUUGCUGGUCUUACAUCUACCUUCCCAGCCCUCGACAGCAAACUAUCCCUCCACAAGUACAAAUCCAAGGCAUUUUCAGAGGUCAACUCCCUCUAUGUCUAA